GCUCCAUUAGUUAUUACCCCAAUUUUAAAUCCUAAAUGACAAAAAGUAUAUGAUCAAGCCGAAUAAUUAAUAGUGAUAGAGUGAUUAUAAAAGGUUGAAGUGAGAGCGAUUCACUGUCGGGCAAUGUAUGCAUACAUAUAUUAAUGCAAAUAUGUAAUUACAAUAAGCAAACAUUGAUUGUAAAUACAUAUCCACUACAUUAUUUUAUUCACGCGUAACUACCUUACUUAACGAUACCAGCCUCAGUAGUAACGAAAAUCCGUUGGCCCAUGAAGAUUACGUUAGCGUCAAUUAGAUCUCGAUAGCCUCAGAUUGCCUUAGAUCCAUCUAACACCAGAGAUACGCGGCCACACAUGUAUGAAAACCAACGCGCGCCGAGUAUGGGGUAUCUGGCAACAAAGCAACAAAUGCCCCUUCAGGCGCGGCAAAACGAUCGCGCCGCGAUCGGCUUGGGAACUCCACCGAUCAGUGCAUUGCAUACACGCAGGCAGAUUGGUUGACAGUGAAGUGUGGCAGUGAUUAGUGCAUAAUUAUUGGAUUCCAUCAGCCAAAAUGGCUCAAUCUAGACGAUCAAAUCCAAAACGGAAUGCUACUGUAUACAACAUUAAAUACCAAGAAAAUGAUGGAGAAGAAAUUGAACUUAUUGUCAGAACCGAAUCAGAGGAAGCAAAGGAAGACCAAGCGGCAGGAACAUCCUCGGAUGUAUAUAUCAUUCAGCCUGUCAAAGAAGUUUUGGAACACACAUGUGGAAUUUGUAAUCGUGGAUACAGCACAUUCUAUUCACUUAGGAAACACAUGGCUACAUGUACAAAAAAGAAAGGAGAUCUCAUAGACGAAAGCUACGAUGAAAUGUCCCUGGAGGAGAUAGAAAAACUGCAAGUGGGUGCCAAAGACAUGGCAAAAAGAAACAUUUGCUACUGCUGUGAAGACAGUUUGGAAUCUGCACAUUCAGGACAUAUUCGUUGCCAAGAUUGUCCCAAAUCGUUCAAAAAUGUCAAAAGUUACAGGCGGCAUGCCUCGUUUCUACAUUCUUCCAUUGCUAAUUCGUUUCCAUGUUCUAUAUGUAACGCCAAAUGUCCAACGCAAAUUAUUUUAGAUAUUCAUGAAGAAGCUCAUAGAAAUGGAAAGCAAUUUGCAUGUCAGAAAUGUGGAAAGGAAUUCACUAGGAAGUAUCAUUUACGACGUCAUCAGAGCUUUUCCAAUUGCGACCCUGCCGUGAAUAAACCCGCACACAAAUGCAAAGUUUGCGACAAGGAGUUCUUCCGGAUUGACAAUCUAAGAAUGCACCUUCGCAUGCAUAUCGGGGAAGAUACAAAAUGUAAAGAUUAUCAAUGUCCUUACUGUGGCAGAUGCUUUCAGGGCACUACAACGAUGAACAUUCACAUUCGUACCCACACUGGCGAGAAACCGUUUAUUUGUGACGUCUGCCAACGUGGCUUUCCCUCUAUGGGCGCUUUGAGAAAACAUAGAAGAUCACACACAGGAGAGAAGCCAUUCCAGUGCAAAGUGUGCGAAAGAGCGUUCGCAGCCAAAGAAGUUCUAAACAGGCACAUGAAGACGCACACUGGUGAACGACCUCAUAUAUGUACGGAAUGCGGAAAAGGUUUCAUACAAGCUACUCAAUUAAAGGCUCAUAUGUUCCACCAUACCGGAGAGAAUGGAUUGCCAUGCGAGAAGUGUGGCAUGACUUUCAAUCGAAAGAGAAGACUUCAUGAACAUAUGACAGACUUUCACUCGGCACUUCCUGGGGUUUUUAAUUGCAUUCCAUGCGAUGUUAGCUUUGACAACAAACCUGAUUUGAAGUCCCAUAUAAGUCUUCACGAAAGCGACAAGCUGUACAAAUGCCGGGCUUGUAACAAGAAAUUUCUACACGUGCGUAACCACGUCUCUUGUCCCUCAUGUAAGAUUUGUAGCCAUGGGCACAAACUGGCACAUGACCAUGUUCCCAUAAAGAGUAAUGUAAAACCACUACGGAAAAAACUUCCAGUUGUCAAUGAAGAAACUGACGCAAAAGAAGACGCGCCUCGAAAGUUAAAAAUACUCACGUCGAAAGUUAAGAAACCUGUAGAACCUGAAGAAAAAGAUAUUGAAAUCAUUAUAACAAAUGAAUGCGUGAAUCCCGAAAACACCGACAAUGAUAUGGACACAUGGAAUUCUGAAGACGAAGAUGAAAUCUGUGUGAAACUAGAAGCCGAGGAACCAUCGAUUGUAGCAGAUGUAGCAGCGGCUACAGUGAAUCGUGAGGAAACAAAGAGCACUACCAAGGCAGCAGCUCAAAUUUAUUUGGAUGAUGAAGCGUUGAAAGAUUGCGUUGCAAAGCUCUUGAAUCUGCUUCUCGAUCAAGAACUUUUGGUGGAGUUUGGUUGGCCAGAGGCGUCUAUCGAACAUGUAUUGAGCUCGGUAAUAAAACAAUGUGGACACGAGCCGGCGGAUUACAAUAGUUGCUCAGAUUACUCAACGAAAAUUAGAGAGAAUGUGAAGCUGUUAAUCACGGUCGUGAUAGAUAACGAUUCGUUCAAAGAAUUGCUGAAUAACCAUUCAAUUGAUGAGGUGAUCCUUCAAAUUGUAAAAAUGACAAGUGACGCAACUGAUUAGACAAAAUUAGUUUUAAUAUUGUCAGGAACAGUAAUUGUUCAACAUUCUAGUGGUUACAUUGAAUAUAUAAUGUUAUUUUAAAAGCUUU